GCAGACGACGGCCUGAUCAGCUCAGGAGUUCUUCCCAAUGAAGACCACACCUUCCAGAGGAGAGACCGUGUGGAGGUUUUAAGGUCUGACCUGUCUGCGUUCAGCUGUGAAGUCGUUCAUGAGGCAUCUGCUGUGAGCGUUACCAGAGUUUGGGGUGGACCUUCUGUUGUUGUUCAUCCAACAAGUGGACCUUCUGCUGUGGUUCCUACUCCAAGUAAAAGUCGGCCUUCUGUUGGUCUUGAUCCUCCAACAAAGACUCACUCCCUCCCUUACAUCUACACGGCGCUCUCCAAACCUGUGGGCCUCCCGGGCAUCCACGAGUUCACAGCCAUGGGUUUGCUGGACGACAGGAUGAUCGACUACUUUGACAGCGAGAAUCAGGUGAAAGUUCCCAGACAGGAGUGGAUGAGAGAGCGUUUACCUGCUGAUUACUGGGAUAAAGGCACACAGUCCCGCAAGAGCAAGCAGCAGUGGUUCAAGGUCAACAUCGGCAUCCUGAUGGAGCGAAUGAGACAGAAUGACUCAGACCUCCAUGUUCUUCAGUGGAUGCACGGCUGUGAGGGUGAGACGCAGCCUGACGGCACGCUCAGGUUUGUCCGAGGCGUGGACAUGUACGCCUACGAUGGAAACGACUUCCUGUCCUUCGAUGAUAGAAGCGGAGUCUGGGUCGCUCCGAUUCCGGAGGCACUUCUCACCAAGAGGAAGUGGGACAGCGUCCAGGUGCUGAAAGAGUACACCAAGGGAUACCUGGAGAACGAGUGCAUCGAUUGGCUGAGCAAGUUCUUGAAUUAUGAACAACAGCAGCCACGAAACACCUGUAUGUAUGACAUCUAGUUUCUGUAUUUUGAU